AUGGGCGCAGCCCACAACAAGCAGGGGUGUGACGCUCGGGUCCCGGUGAAGCAUUCUGUGCUGCUCAAAAGCCUGACCGGCCAUUAUGCCCAAACCAUCUGGGCGCCCGCCCCACGCUCCUCCCUCCUCGGCAUCUGCGGCGCCGAGGCGGAGACUCGCCGAGGAGGAGGGUCAGAACCUCAGUUGCCCUUCAAGCUGACGUGCGCCUGGGCUGGGAGCCGGGCCCGGCUUUCCUCUCCACGUUGCGCCAGGGCGAGGCGGCCCCCUCGGGAGGCGUCGGCGGCCCGCUCGGGAGGCGUCGGCGGCGAGGGCCGGUUGGUCAAGCCUCGCCAUCGGUGGCAAGCGGCUGAGCCGCCUCGACGGCUUGCAGGGGAGAGGGAGACCGCGAGAAGGGGCGGUAUGUCGGGCUUGGAUUACCUGGCCGCUGAGUGCCUGAUGUCCAUCUCUAGCGGCGCCCUGGUCCACCCGGCCGCCGCGGAGCGCGGCGGGCGCCCGAGUGUCCCCGCGCCUUGCGCCCACCAGCUGGCGCGCCCCGAGGGGCCGGAGCUCCCCGAGGGCGCGUGGGAAGCGGGAGAGCCGCUCCGGAGAGCCCCCGUCAGCCUCGCUGCCGCCGCCAGCCCCACGGCCAAAAGGCACCGGUGCCCUUUCCAAGGCUGCGCCAAAGGCUACGGCAAAUCCUCGCAUCUGAAAGCGCAUCUCAGGACGCACACCGGUGAGCGGCCAUUUCCCUGCACCUGGCCCGGUUGCCAGAAGAGGUUUGCCCGUUCCGACGAGCUGGCCCGCCACGUCCGCACCCACACAGGCGAGAAGCGCUUUGCCUGCCCGCUCUGCGAGAAGCGCUUCAUGCGCAGCGACCACCUGACCAAGCACGUCCGCCGCCAUCCUGCCUUCCAGCCCAACUGCCACAGCGCUUCCCCGAGUGACUCAGUGACGAGCAGCUUGGCUGGGAGCCUCACCCCUGACAGCCCUGCCCCCUGAUGGGCCUACCCCUGAAAAAGCCCUGCUUUAGUAUAAAAGAGACGUGGCCAAAAGCUCGUUCUUCCCGGGACACUGUUUGCCUGGUGCUCCCCCUUGUACCACUCCGGGGGACCUUUGUGAUUCCUGUCAGGGACCAACUCUUACCUGCGUCCAUACCCCCAGAAGGCCAACACCAGAAAAGAUCUCAAUCAGUGAUCGGGGUAAUCGUACCAGCCGACUCGCUUAAAUCCAUCCGUUGCACCUUCAGAUGUAACAUCUCCCUUCCUCUUGUUUGUCGCCUGGUGCUUUGCUUUUCUGGGUUCCCUGUUCUAAGUCAGAAAAAAAAGGGGUGGGCCCUUCCACAAUCGCUUUGCCUCUGUUCUCAACGCAAAGCGACCAUCUCUGACUUGUAUCUGCGGGAAGGCGGACUUCUGCACUGCCGUUCCCUGUCACAUUCAGUAACUGCCAGACUGGAUUUUCACUCUCUCUCUCAAUACUCAGGAACAGAAAAAACAUUGCCUAGAGUCCAUCAAAUCUGACUAUAGUCAGAUGGAUGACUCCAGAAUUCUUAUUAACAGGGUACGACGGGCAGAGAUUUACUGCCCCUGAAUAGGGAGGAUCAGUUCCUUGCUGUCACCGGUAAUAGAUGACUCUAGGAAGCUCAUAAACAGGGUACAAUGGGCAGAGCUAUCCAAUGUUGUUUGUUUCCGGCAUCUGGUAAACAGGUAGACUGCUCCUGAAUAAGGAAGAUCCAUUCCUUGUUGUUACGGCUAAUGGUAAUUAAUCGGAGCCUGCCUUUGUGUGAAUUUAUGUAAUUAUUACUAUUUUUUUUUACAAACAGCCAUAUUUGCUGGCAGCAAUUGCUGCAUCCAGUCAUAGAAUCAUAGAAUUGUAGAGUUGGAAGGAGCCUAUAAGGCCAUCGAGUCCAAACCCCUGCUCAGUCCAGGAAUCCAGCUUAAAAGCAUCCCCAACAUGUGGCUGUCCAGCUGCCUCUUGAAGGCCUCCAGUGUGGGAGAGCCUACCACCUCCCUAGCUAAUUGGUUCCAUCGUCAUACUGCUCUAACAGGAAGUUUUUCCUGAUGUUCAGCCAAAAUCUGGCUUCCUGUCACUCAAGCCCAUUCUUCCGUGUCCUGCACUCUGGGACAAUCGAGAAGAGAUCCUGGCCCUCCUCUGAGUGAUAACCUUUCAAGUACAGUGCUGUCAUAUCUCCCCUCAGUCUUCUCAAGGCUAAAUAGGCCCAGUUCUUUCAGUCUGUCCUCAUAGGGCUUUGUAUCCAGUCCCCAGAUCAUCCUCGUUGCCCUCCUCUGAACCCAUUCCAGUUUGUCUACAUUGUCCUUAAAGUGCAUUGUCUGGAACUGGGCACAGCACUCAAGAUGAGACCUAACCAGUGCCGAAUAGACGGGAACCAAUACUUCAUGCAAUUUGGAAACUAUACUUCUGUUGACGAAGCCUAAAAUAGCAUUUGCCUUUUUUGCAGCCACGUCACACUGUUGGCUCAUAUUCAGCUUGUGAUCAGCAACAAUCCCAAGAUCCUUCUUGCAUGUGGUCUAUGCAGUGACUUUCACAGGAUGGUUAUACAUGGCAUGAAGGAAUAAACAAAAGAGGGUUUGGACUCCUUCUACGCCCCAUUUGCUUUCCCAAGGCUGUACUUGCCUGCUCCAGCCAGAAGCGGAGUCCAGCCUUCUUCCAAAAACCAGACAUUGCUGGACUCCCAACUCCCAUCGCCCUCCAGGAACCAGCAUAGCCAACGGGAUUAUGGGAGUUUGGGAGUCCCAGCAGCAUCUUGAGGGCCCCAGCUUGGGGGAAAGGCUCUUCAAAACUCUUCUGAGCGCAACGGUUUGGGGGAGUCUUCAUUCUGAUGCCGCCCCUUCUGACCCCAGAACUUUGUCGAGCAUCAGAUUUCCACCCCAGGAGGAAAUCGGUGAUCUAUAAAGAAACAUGGGAUGUGAUAAUGACCAGAUGUAAAUAGUUCUUACCCCCCCCCCGGUCAAAACUUUUUAAUGUUUAUAGGAAGUUGAGACCCUGCUUUUUUAUGGGCGUGGCUGUUUUAUUUUUAUGAAAUGUAAUUUAUUUUUUUAUAUAUAUAUAUUUUUAAAAUGGGUUAUCCGCAUUGAACUGGGAGACAAGCUGGUGGUGGUGGUGGGCACUGAGUGUUUUAUCCUCCAUGUCUGCCUUCGGGUAGCUCUGUGGGUAGAGCCCAAGCUUUCCAUACCUGAGGCCCUAGGUUCAAACCCCAAUGGCGUCUCCAGGUCGAACCAAAAAUGUCCCCUUUCUGAAAUCCUGGAGUCAGUGGUCAGUGUAGACAAUACCCUGGAGCUUGCAGUCAGUGUAGACAAUACCCAGCUAGAUGGAGCACUCGUUCAUGCAGAACCAUGAGGACUGGAGUCUUUAUUUUUGGAGGGCCACAGCUCAGUGGCUGAGCAGCAGAUUUGCAUACCGAAGGCCCCAGGUUCAGUCCCCAAUGGCGUCUCCAGCUAGGGCUGGGAGAUAUCCCCUGCCUGAAAUCCUGGAGAGCUGCUGCCAGUCAGUGCCGACGAUACUGAGCUAGAUGGACCGACGGUCUGUCUGUUUAUAAGGCAGCUGCUGAUGUCCGUGUGAGUGUUUUGCAAGUACAAUUUGGCACAUCUGAAAGCACUUUUUUCCUUCCCACAGGUCUGUGGCAAACUACUAUGCACAGUUGUAUUUCAGGGUGUGUGUGUACGUGUGCGUUUUGGGGUUUUGCAGCUGAACGUUGGUGCCUUGCUGCAUUUUGAGUGAUGGAGUCACCUCUAACGCCCGCCCCCCGUUUCCUUCUGUGCUGGCUAUUUUGGGGAAAUGUAAAUCCAGUUUGUUGGGUGCCCGACGCAGCCUGUUGUCCGUGCCUUGGCUGCGCGGAUCGAGGCCUAUCUGUCCCCCGUUUGCGUCCGUCCAGGAGAAAGGGGAAUUUGGCCGAGAUGGUUUCCUUCUGUUUUGUGUGAUGGCAAUCACGAGAAUUAAAACACUUAAAAAAAAAAAAGUCACUCUAGUUGUGAGAGUUGCUCCUGGCUGUGUCUGCCAUUGCUUGAGCCACAGGUUGAUGCAGCGAUCGCCAACGAGGCAUCCAUGGGCACAGUGGGUCCCCUUAAGUUCUGCCCUGGUGCCCGUGAAACAUCUGAGGCCUCUAGUCACUGUCCCCUUUGUCAUGAGUUGCUGAGGGUGGGUACCUUUUCCCCCCUAGAAACGUGCAGAGAGCGGAAGGAGGAAGUUGGAAGAGUGACACUCUUUCCCACUUCUCUUUCAGCUCUAUGUGCUUUUCAAGGCUCGGAUUAAUUCAACUUUUAUCCAGAUCCCUUGGAAAAUCAAAGACAGUGUGAAUGCACUUUUUUUCCUGUCUCUUGUGUGGAGGGGACUGAACUGAGAGACAAGGUAGAAAAAUGACCAGUGAGGGUGGCGGGACAGUACUGGCUCAAAAAUUAAAUGUGCUCAUGGGCUGAAUAAGGUUGGCAAUCCCUGCCUCACAUGUGUAUAAAUGAUGGGAUUUAUUUUAUAUAUUUGUAUUCUCUUAACAGAGCUCUUGUUUUAAAACCCAGUCUCUUGAUUGGUAUAUCCGUGCAUCGUGUUGGGGGUGCUGUGGAAGAGAUGAAAAACGGUUAAUAGUUUUGCUUUCCUUUCUCAAAUUUGUAUUUUUUAAUAAGCACUGAGGCUUGUGUGCGCGUUUACUGUUGUGCCGUUUUACAAUAAAACAAAACAAAUUCUGCUUCACCCGUACGU